AUGGCUCCUUCCGCAUCCUCCAUGGUGCUCGGCGCCGCCGCCACGGCCUGGUUCACUGGCUUGGCCUUCACGGCUCCGGGACAGGUCCGCACAGCCCCGGCACAGGCACGGCCGGGUAACGUGCGCGGUGCCCGGGCAGAAUCUGGCAGCACCGGCUUCAGUGGAGCCACUGCUCUUGGAGGAGUUUGUGUUACUAUGGCCCUGGCGAGGGGCGGAAAGUCCAUGAGGAAGGCGCUGAGCCAGGAUGAACUCAAAAAGAUGGUUGGCUACAAGGCCGUGGAUGACUACGUGCAGAGUGGCACGGUGAUCGGUCUCGGCACAGGCUCCACCGCCGCCUUCGCCGUGGAACGCGUUGGUGAGAAGUUGAAGUCAGGAGAGCUCAAGGACAUCAUCGCCAUCCCGACCUCCAUCCGCACCCAGGAGCAGGCAGAGAGCCUGGGCAUUCCCUUGGCGACCCUGGACACCCACAGUGACCUGGAUGUGGCCAUCGAUGGUGCGGACGAGGUAGAUCCCGCUUUGAACCUCGUGAAGGGUGGAGGCGGUGCACUCUUUCGGGAGAAGAUUGUGGAGAUGUGCGCCAAGAAGUUCAUUGUCAUCGUCGAUGAGUCCAAGCUUUGCGAUGGCCUUGGCCCUGGCUUCCCGGUCCCUGUCGAGAUCGUGCCCUUCUGCCACGAGCACACCAUGCGCAAGAUCGCCUCGCUGCCGGCGCUCAAGGGAUGCGAGCCGGUGCUGCGGUUGGGCGACGUGGCAAACAACCAACCGGACGGAGAUGAGCCGGCGGUGACUGACAAUGGCAACUACAUCGUGGAUCUGAAGUUCACGAGCCCCAUUUCCGAUCCUGUUGCAGCCGGUGAGCAGCUGAAGGCCACGGUCGGUGUUGUGGACCACGGCCUCUUCACGGGCAUGACCACGGCCUGCAUUAUCGCGGGCAAGGAGGGCAUCAUCGUCAAGGACUAA